CCUGUGUGUAAACAACACAGUCCUCUUCCCUGUCGGCUCUGGCACACUGCUCUGGAUGGCUGUGCACAGCACAGCCAUCCAGAGAAGUGUGCUUACAGUGAGGCACCAACACACCCCCCUCAAUAAAACACUCCCAGCACACAGUUAACCCUUUGAUCGCCCCUCAUGUUAACCCCUUCCUGCCCAGUACCAUUAGUACAGUGUCAGUGCUUUUUGUUUAGCACUGAUCACUGUAUUGGUAUCUCUGGGGAUGUCAGUGACACCAAGUCAGUUCCCCCCAGUGUCAGAAUGCCCGCCGCAGUCUCACUA